AGCGGCGAGAGAGAACUUACCUCAGGAACCGUGAGUGCUAUCGGAGCUCCCCGCCUCUCCCUGCCUAGCCCACUGCGACCGCCAGGACCAGGCAGGCCUCCUCAGGGCCAAGAUGAGUGUCACGUCCUGGUUCCUGGUGAGCGGCAGUGGCACCCGCCACCGGCUCCCGCGAGAGCUCAUCUUCGUGGGGCGUGAUGAAUGUGAGCUUAUGUUGCAGUCCCGUAGCGUGGACAAGCAGCAUGCCGUCAUCAACUACGACCAAGACCGUGAUGAGCACUGGGUGAAGGACCUGGGCAGCCUCAAUGGAAGGGGCGUUCCGUGGAACUCCAGCCCCUGCGGCCUGCCCCGAGCCUCAGCCUGCCUGUGUGUGCACUCAGCCAGAGGACACAGAGGGGCUGAGAAGAAGCCACCACUCUUUGGGAUCCCAAGUCCUGGUUUGACCUCGAGUUCUGAAGCCUGCAUACUCUACGCUCUCACAUACGGUAGGGCACGAUUGGUCCUCCCUGAGGAGGGGCCCUCAAGUCCACCUCCUCAGACUGAUGACUAGCAUGCUGGCCUCCGUGCUUCCUGCCCCUCCUGUUCUGUGUUCUCCUUAACUCGAAGCCACAUUCCAACAUGUACGUGCUAGAGCGUGUGCAGCACCGCGUUCCUGAGGAGGCGCUCAAGCAUGAGAAGUACACCAGCCAGCUGCAGGUGAGCGUCAAGGUCUCUGCACCCAAGAAGGGGGAGGCACUGCCAGAGCACACACCCUACUGCGAGUCCUCACAACUCAGGCCAGAUAAAGGGGACCGAAGACACGGAGCAGAGGCAGUAGCUUACCGCACACCCUUGUAUGGACAACCCUCCUGGUGGGGUGAGGAUGACAGCGCCGCACCGCCUGAAGACCGGCACCAGGGGGAGCCCUACCCAGAGCGUCCCAAGGACCUGGCACAGCAAGAUGGUGAGCUAGACAGUUGCCGUGCUCCUGCUGAGCCACCAGACUACUCGUUCAGACGUGAACCCAGCUACUUUGAGAUCCCCACGAAGGAAGCCCCACAGCCACCACGUCUCCCUGAGGUGCCAACACAGGAAGUGCCCACGAAAGACCAGGAGGCAGGUGGUGGUGGUGGGACGGCUCCUGUGGUACAGAGCCACGCCUCCUUCACCAUCGAGUUUGAUGACUGCAGCCCAGGCAAGGUGAAGAUCAAAGACCACAUCACCAAGUUCUCCCUGCGCCAGCGGCGGCCUCCCAGCAAGGAGGCCACACCUGUGGAGAUGGUCUCAGCCGAAACCAAGGUGGCUGACUGGCUGGUGCAGAACGACCCAAGCCUGCUACGCCGGGAUGGCCCAGGGGAUGACCGCCACAGCACCAAAAGCGACCUUCCUGUCCACACCCGUACUCUGAAGGGCCACAAGCAUGAGGACGGCACACAGAGUGACUCAGAGGACCCCUUGGCCAAGGCUGCUUCGGUGUCUGGAGCCCCAACAGAGGCUGGUGGGGAGCAGGUGCGGCUGCAGAGGCAGAUCAAAAGGGACCCCCAAGAGUUGCUGCACAACCAGCAAGCCUUUGUUAUCGAGUUCUUUGAUGAGGAUACACCCCGCAAGAAACGCUCCCAGUCUUUUACACACACCCCACCUGCAGACCCCAAGGCUGACAAGCGCCGGGUGGCUGGGACUGCUGACAGAGAGCGUCCUGCAGUCACUGUCCGUGCAGCAGGCAGCAGCUCAGGACCACAGAGGGCCAGCUCACUCAAGCGAGAAAAGACUGAGGAGCGGCUAGGCAACACUUCUCCUGUCCCCCGUGCCUCCACCCGCUCCUUUGGCAGUGUAGGGCGCCGCUCCCGCCUGGCGCAGGACUUCAUGGCCCAGUGUGUACGGGACAUCUCCCCAGCUACCAGGCCUGGCCCUGAGAAGGCGCCUCCGGUGCUGCCUGCCCCUUUGACACCGCGAGGGGCCAGCCCAGUGACCCCCUCCACCACCCCACCGCCUCCCACUGACCCCCAGUUGACCAAGGCACGCAGACAGGAGGAAGACGAUAGCCUUAGUGACGCAGGCACCUACACUAUUGAAACAGAGGCUCAAGACCAAGAAGUGGAGGAGGCUCGGAAGAUGAUCGACCAGGUUUUUGGGGUGUUUGAAUCCCCUGAGCUCUCCAGGGUGUCCUCAGCUACUUUCCGCCCGGUCAUCAGAGGUGACAGAGAUGAAUCCAGUGAUGGGGGCAUGGCCCAGCGGAUGGCUCUGCUGCAAGAGUUUGCUUCCCGAACACCAGGCAUGGCUCCCCAGAUGGAGCAGCAGAGCCUCUUGGUCCCAGGCUCCCCUGGGGGUCAGAAGUGGGUGUCCCGAUGGGCUAGCCUGGCUGAUAGCUACUCUGAUGCUGGCUUGGCAGAGGAUGGUCCUGGGCGCAGAGCCGGAGAGCCUGACGGGACCCUGCCUGUGCGCACUCGGCGACUGCUCCCUCAGUUGCCCAGUGAUAGGGCUGACAGCCCUGCAAGUCUUGAAGCUGCCCGGCGGAGCGGCUCAGGGCCACCGGGGCUUGGCACUGAGCAGGCAAACCACCUUCCAGGCCAAGAAGACCUGGACCCUGAUAGCCUCAGUGAUGCCAGCGGGUCAGAUGGCGGCCGAGGCCCAGACCCAGGGCCAGAACGGCAGGAGGAGCUAGCAUGGGCCCGGGGUCGGCGCUCGCCAAGGGCCCCCACCUCUUUCUUCAUUGGGGAUCAGAAUGGAGAGACCGCUUUCCCCAAGAAAUCAUUUGUGGCUCCCGGGGAGGCAGACGGCCCAGGACGGGUAGUCCAGACCAGCUCUUCGGCAAGGAAUGGCCUCCACGUCAGCACCAACGGGAGGAUGGUGAUCCAGCUGCGCAGUGGUCGGUCCCCAGAGCCCGACCCGGCCCCACCAAAGGAGGCCCUGGCCUUUGCCCGGCAAGAGAGCUUCACCAAGGAACCAACCAGUGGCCCCUCAGCACCUGGCAAGCUUCCUCACAUUUCUAGUCACCCACUCCUACAAGACUUGGCUGCAGCCCGGGCCUCACGAAUGGACUUUCACACGCAGGACACCCACCUGAUCUUGAAGGAGACCGAGACGGCCCUGGCAGCCCUGGAGGCCCAGCUGCUCUCCAAGUCUGCAGAUGAGUGUGAGGCGGGCAGCUCCCCCAGGCCUCCAGAGGACUCCUUAUCUGGGGAUUCAGAUGUGGACACAGCUAGCACCAUUAGCUUGCUCAGUGGCAAGAAUGGACCCAGCCCGACAACCCCCCAGACCCCAGGGCCACAGAAGGAGAGCCUGUUGUCUUCGCCAGCGGUACCAGACCCAGGAGGUGCUAACCAGGGUGGCGCCCGAGAGCGGCUGUCAGAGAGACAGCAUCGCCCACCAGGCCUUUCAGACUUGGGCCAUGGAGAGUCAUCAAGGCGCCUGGCCAUGCGGCGUGGCCAUGGGUCUCGAGGGUCCCUGGACUGGCCUGAAGAGGAGCGAAACUCUAGCCUUGGCAACCUGCCCAAUUCUAACCACGAGACCCCUGAGGCUACUGUGGCAGGCCGACAAGGGCCUCGCCGGAAACCAGUGGCUCCCCCGCCGUCCCCAGCUGCCCGGGAGGAGCAAAGCCGCACUUCCACCACCGCUCAGAAGGUGCAUCAGGCACUGACCCGCUCCAACAGCCUGUCCACCCCGAGGCCCACCAGGGCCUCCCGACUUAGGCGGGCCCGUUUGGGGGAUGCCUCGGACACUGAGGCUGUGGAUGGUGAACGAGGAACCGCGGCCAACCCUGAACCAGCAAACCGACCAGCCCCUGAGCAGGCCAAGAAACUGACACGCUUGGACAUCCUGGCCAUGCCCCGGAAGCGGGCAGGCUCCUUCACAGGGCCCAGCGACUCUGAGGUGGCACCUGCCCGUACGGGCUUUUCUGGCCGCAGUGCUGAGCUCUACAGCAGUAGCCGGAAGCCCACGAUAGCCGAGGCCCGUGCUGCCGCCAAGAAGACUGCUGCUACCGCUGCCAACGCAGGCCCCCGCCAAGCCUUCAGCAGGGCUCGCCCAGGCAGUGCCAGAUACUCCUCCAGCACGCGGCGGCGGCAGCAGGGUUCGGAUUACACGUCCACCUCCGAGGAGGAAUAUGGGUCCCACCACAGCUCCCCUAAACACACACGCUCCCAUGCCUCAACAGCCACGCAGACCCCAAGGUCCGGCAGCUCUGCCCGGGCCCGGCCCCGGGACACAGACGACGAUGAGGAAGAGCCUGACCCCUACGGCUUCAUUGUGCAGACAGCCGAAAUUGCAGAGAUUGCUAGACUAAGCCAGACACUAGUGAAGGAUGUGGCCAUCCUGGCCAGGGAGAUUCAUGAUGUGGCUGGGGAUGGAGACUCACUGGGCUCACCAGGACCCACUCGCAGCCCGUCUCUUGGGAAUGUGCCCAGUACCCCUGCGUCGACCAUCUCAGCCCGUGAAGAGCUGGUACAGCGCAUUCCAGAGGCCAGCCUCAACUUCCAGAAGGUUCCACCUGGCUCCAUGAACUCUCACAACUUGGAUCAGAACAUGAAUGACAGCCGCGAGGAUGCCCUGGCCAACAAAACAAGGCCUCGGAACCGUGAAGAGGUGAUCUUUGAUAACCUGAUGCUCAACCCAGUGUCCCAGCUGUCACACGCCAUUCGUGAAAACACAGAGCAUCUUGCUGAGAAGAUGAAGAUCCUCUUCCAGAACACGGGCCGGGCAUGGGAAGACCUAGAGGCGAGAAUCAAUGCUGAGAAUGAAGUGCCCAUCCUGAAGACCUCCAACAAGGAGAUCAGCUCCAUCCUGAAGGAACUCCGGCGUGUACAGAAGCAGCUAGAAGUCAUCAAUGCCAUUGUGGACCCCAGCAUGAACCUUGACCUGCUCAUGGGAAACAGGGCUCCUGCAGGGUCCGCUCAGCCAGGACUUGGGAAAGCUCGGCCAGCAGCUCAGAGCUCAACAUCAUCGGCCUCAGUGGACACCUUGCUGCCAGCCCUGCCUCUCAGGAGCUUCCCACAACGGGCAAACUGCGGGCCCCCUGGCCUCCCGGAGCCUGCCUUCCUCCCCGAUGCUGAGAGGUUCCUAAUCUAAGCCGUGAAGCAGGCGAGGCCAGCCUUUUCAUGCCCGUGUGUCCUGUUCCUGCCUGUGUAUCCCAUGGCCUACCUGCCUGGCUGCAGGCGGUUCUCUGUGAAAACCCCAUGUGCCAUAACCCCAUGGACGGGUGCCUCCCAUGCCCAGGCCCCCUCCUCAGCCAGCACCCAACCACUUCAUCCAGCUCAUGGCUGCCCCACCUCCACCGGCCUCCUAGCCUAGCCCCUGGGGUGUCCACUGCCAAGGGCCAGCCCUUGAGGCCUCAUAUUCACCUCCUCUCCAUCACUGUUGUUUUGCCAUUAGCUUUGAAGGAAAGAGUACUUUGCAUCACCAGGCCUGACCUAGGUGCAGCUCCGGCCUGGGAGGCCCUGUCUCAUCCUUGUGUGCUGGCUUGAAGCCAGACAAGAGAAAGGAGCUGGACCCUGGGGCCAGUCAGUGCCAAACACAGAGGCUGAAUGGGCUUGGCGUGACCCCAGACUGUCCAGGAAGGAGGCCACUCGGUGUGUCGCACCUACCUGAGUCCACAGCUGGAGAUGCUGCAGAGCCCAUCAGCCUGGGCAGAUGAGUGGUUCAUGGAGGUAUUUGGGGCGGGAACCCCACGGCUCUAAGCCUUUGGUGCCAACACAACUGCCAAACCCGUUGAGUUUGGGUGCCGUCCCAGCAAGCCCUCUUGAGUGGAUUUAUCCCAACUAGGGUCCCUGGGGCUUCCUCAUGGUGGGACUGGGUAUAGCUGGGUAGGCCAGCACCCCCUUCGGUCGUGCUGAGUGCUUUACCAGAGUGUCAGAAAAAGAGAUUUGGAGCUCCUGGUUUUGUGAUCUAAACCAUGUACCUGCCCCUGCCAUCCUAGAUGGUGUGGGCACGGAGCGGUAACUGCAGCGGGCUCCUGUGGCCUGCUCCUUUGUGGGGGCCUGGCAGGGACAGGCCCACUACUGGUUAUGCUUUCUCAGGAUUUGUCCGGCUGGGGCCUGCCAGGUGAGCAGUGUGGCUGCCCUGCUGCUGCCCUUGCUGGUGUUUCUGGAGGCACUAAGCCAAAGAGCCUGUUGGCUGGAAUGGGAUGGGGAGAGUCCCAUAGUGACCAGGCUGGCAUGGGUACGCUCUGUGCGCUGUCUGACAUUUGUGUGGGUGUCGCUCCUGAACAGGACCUGUCAGCUGGGGAGAGAGAUAGCUGCGGCGGGGGACCCAGAGCCCUCGGGUAGCAUGGGUCCCCCUGUUUACACUUAGAUUAUAGAGAGUCAUGCAUGGGUCCUGUGUGCCUCUGCCCAGCCCACCUGAUGUUUACGUGUGUGUGUGUGUGUGUGUGUGUGUGUGUGUGUGUGUGUGUGUGUGUGUGUGUG